AUGGAUUACUUUUUGUAUGAACAGAAAUGUGGACCGAUUUACCUACUUGAAUUCUGCACUAAUGAAUCUAAAAAUGAAACUUUCUUCUUGUUGUUGAUAUAUUCUGGUAACCUGAAAUAUAACAAGGAACACUUUCAUAUAAAUGAUAGCGGUAGAUACAUUACUUUUUAUAGUAAUAAUACUAAUAAUAGUAUUAGUAAUAACAAUAUUAAUAAUAAUAAUAAUAAUAAUAAUAAUAAUAAUAAUAAUAAUGAUGGUAGUAGUAACCAGAACAAGAAUAAUUACAGUGGUAAGAAAAUUGAUUGAAUCAAUUCUUUGGGAAAAAUCAGUUUAUACCUUCAUUUUAAUCUAUAAAUAUAUAGUUUAUUUCUAUAUUUAUAUUACUUAUAAUCAUCAUCAUUCAUUCAUUCAUUCAUACUAAUAUGCAAUUUACUUUACAGUUUUAAAUGUUCCCUUUUUAAUUCAAGCCGAUUUGAUUGACUUUUCAUUAAUUUUAUGGGAAUUAAAACAAUUGUACAGUUUAAUAUUUAAAUAGUUAGUACACUAGUUAGUUUGUUCGUUUAUUCACUACCUCUGUUUGUUUUCCUUUUUUCUUCUUUUAUAUCCAUCCACUCAAAAUAGUAAUUGUGUUGUGUAUAUGACUCAUUGUUUUGGUUGUUUUUUACUUUAUAUAGAAAAACGAAUUUGUACUAAAUUUGGACUUUUUAAUAAUAAUAAAAAGCUGAUAUUGUGUUCUGGACUCAAGUGGACGGUCUAGGAGGACAUGAGACCAAUAAGGACACUAGACCGGUCGAACAUCAUUGGUUUGGCACAGUGCUAGGAUUGUAUAAGUCGUAUUUUGAUUGAUGGAUAAAUCACGUGAUAAAAAGCCGGACACAAAGUCAUAACACUAUGCAUCACAAUCAUUUACAUUGGGAUAUUGCCAAUUUAUGAUACUUAAUCCAUUAAUAUUUUUUCUAUUUUUCCAUUAACAUGUUGAUAAUGUAAUAGAAAUUAUAAUAUUUUAAUCUUACUACUUAAAUUCAUACUUUCGCUCGAUAAAAUUCUGUCUAGGAUUUGGCAUCCUUCCUCC